AUGAAUAGAAACCUAGCAGGCGUUUCGCCCAAAAAUUCCACACCUAGUUGCCCAAAUACAUCUACUAUCGAUUAUUCUUACUCUACACUCAAAACCAAAAACGUUUCCCCAUCAACCACUACUUCAACACCAUCUUAUAAAUCACCAUAUAAGGCCAAGUCAUUUCUUCAAUCAAACAAAAACGCAUUAAUAGCGGACAAUGACCGUUACACCCGUGGCCCCUCCUCCUCUACGAUUAAUCAUACUCCACGCAGCACAACCAAGACUUCCCUUCCAUCCUCCACCCAAACUGUACCGAACAGCGAUAAUAACAAGCUCAACACAAACGCUAUCUGUCCAUACACAGAUAUAAAUACAUUCACUAAUGACCAACCGAUUAACGAUUUAUCUUAUACGACGAAUAAUAAUAUAAACUUCGCGUCUGCUGUCGCCAUGUAAAAGACGCCUAGCCGCGAACAAGGCUUAGUUUUUAACUCGAUUGAUGGUAUACUACAAAAAGAGUAUAUGUUAGCAAUAGAAAAAAUCGUCUCUCCAAAAAAUAAAAUUUUCAUUUCUAGGAUUUCGAACAAAUCCCUUUCAGUCGUAAUGAACUCAAUAAUGCAUUAGCUGGAUGCAAAAGUAAAAGCCCCGGUCCUGACCCGUAUAUACCUUUUUCUUUUAUUCAAAACCUUCCUGCAAUAGGCCAUGACCUUCUCCUCCAAAUAUUUAAUAUUAUUUGGGACAAAGGUAUAUACCCAAAUCAAUGGCACAAUGCUAUCAUAAUACCAAUACCUAAACCAAAUAAAAACAAAUUCAAUAUUACCAACUACAGACCUAUUUCACUUAUUAACACGCUAGCAAAAACCAUGGAAAAAAUGGUCAAUAAACGACUCAUCUGGCACCUUGAAUCAUCCAACAUAAUAACUAAGGAACAAUGCGGUUUCCGCAAAAACCACUCGACUAUCGACAUACUCUCCACCCUCCAUACUGAUAUCUGUAAUGCGAGAAAUCAAAAACAACAUGUUAUACUAAUAUCUCUUGACUUAGAAAAAGCUUACGAUAUGGUAUGGCGUAAUAGAGUCCUCAAAAUCAUAAAAACAAGCGGCAUAAAUAGCAAAAUGUUUCUCUUCUUACAAAAUUUCCUAAAAAAUCGCAAAAUUUAAGUCAGAGCUCACGCAGAACUUUUAAAAAUCCACCCAACAGAAAACGGCCUCCCACAAGGAUCUGUUAUUAGUAUGACAAUGUUUUUAUUAGCCAUCAACGACAUUUUCAAAAACAUUCCUAAACCCACUAAAUACUUAUUAUUCGCUGACGACUGCCACAUCUACUGCAGUGGAUAAAAUAUCAAAAAAACUGCAGAAAUACUACAAAAUUCUCUAG